AUGGAAGCUAUUGAUGAUUACGCUAACGAGAACAUCGCUCGCUCCGUCGCUUAUACCGCCCUUGAUCACAGACAGCAACAUCACUAUCUAGGCCUAUUACCAAUCUCCUCACAGCUUUUACGUCAACGCGUUCGUCUCCUGGGACCAAGCGAGAAUAAUCCAGAAGAGUGGGACAAGGUCGUUCAGUGGCAAGAAGAUAACUGCCCUAGUAUGAUUGAAUCUCUUUGGUCAAAUCAAGGAUCUGUGGCCGAUGAGCUCUACCAAAAGCCAGUCUACUACAAGCGUAUGGAUGCUAAUACCCUGCAUGCGAUCAUCGAGUUUGCCGAGAAGGAUUCUCAUCAUUUUGUGGUGAUUUUGUUGCUGGAAGAAGGUCUUGGAGAUAUUUCUGACAUCAAGUACUACAACACAAAAGAGUUGACAGAGGAAGAAUGGCUGGAUAUAUUCACAAAUUGGUCAAGAACGAUUGAGGAUGCUGAGAGAAUCUUUUUGACAAAGGUGACAAGGAACAAAAAGACGUUUACUGCCAGAACACCCGAUAGUGCCAAAGAGAACAAAGAAGCGCCAGAGGAUUAUUGGGGCGAUUGGUCGUCCGAUGAAGGCUCAUGUCGCAGUCAAAGAUCAGGCAAUCCUCGUCGACCUCAUCCCCUUAGCGCUGAUUUGAGAGACUCGGAUGAUUCAGAAGAUGAAUAUUACACAAGAUGGAGCAAAGAUCCUGGAACUCUAACUCCCGGCCCAGGUGAUGCAGAAGAAGAAGGACCAAGUCAAUCUAGAACAAGCGGACGUAUCUUACAGCCUUUGAGCGCACUGAACGAUGAACGCAACCAGGAGGAAAUAGACGAAGAAUAUGACCAAUCUUACAACCCCUUAUUUACCGUCCCCAGUGUGCCCAACUUGAUGGACGCUCAUACUGCUGCUCUAUCAGAGCUGACACAAAUGCUUCAAACAUCUCUCCCUCAACAACGUAACAACAAUGCUAAUCGUCCUUUUGUGCAACCAAUGACUCAAAUCAAUCCCCUCCCCAAAGCAGUUUCCCGGUUGAGAUCAGGCAUAGAAGAUGUGAGUAUUGGCGAAGAAGAAGACAGCAGCGACGCCCAUGAUACCAACAACAAAUUUCCUGGUGCUUAUCCCGAGUCAGGCACUCAAUCACCUGCACGUAAACCAUGCAACACACAAGAAGUCAACAAGGAAGCUGGAAGAGGGUUGUUUAUGAAGAGCCUAAGUGCACUGAUUGGCGCUGCACGUUUGUUGGGAUAUGAAGGAAAGGACAUUUUGGAGAUGGUGGAAGAGAUUGUGAAUCGUUCCUAG